UACAGUGAUCCGCGCUCGCGCUGCUGAAGCUCGUUGCUGCGCGCGGAGGAAGGUGUGUGUUUUUAAUGGUUCUUGUUAUUUUUUUGGGAGGAGGAGGUUGCAACAAGUUCAUUAUCUACGGAACACACACACACAUUACACACACACACAUUACACAAACACACGCGCGCGCGCGCAUUGGAGAGGAAUACCAGGGGGAGAUAGUGGUUGAGGAGGAGCUCGAGCUCGAGCUGCAAGAUAAGAAGACACCAGGAUGAUGCCGAUGUUUCUGACCGUGUACCUCAGCAACAGUGACCUGCACUUCACAGAGGUGCCCGUUACCCCUGAGACGCUGUGCAGGGACGUGGUGGACCUGUGUAAAGAGCCCGGAGAGACAGACUGCUACCUGGCUGAAACCUGGAGGGGAUCAGAGCGUAUGAUUGGAGACAGCGAGAGGAUAAUUGAGAUGCUGCAGCGAUGGGGGCAGCAGAGGGCUGAGGUUCGAUUCGUCCUCCGACACGACCGAGCGCCCGGCCACGAAACAGGGGGUCCCAGAGGUCCAGAGCUGCUGUUGAAGAGGACCACAGUGAAAACAGAGAGACAUCUUGAGAAUGGGAUGGUUCCUCCGCGGAUGGAGCUCACUCUGGCCGAGCUGCAGGAGAUGGCAUCCCGGCAGCAGCAGCAGAUAAACGUCCAGCAGGAACUUCUAGCUAACAAAGAACAGCGGCUGCGCUUCCUGAAGCUGCAGGAACAGCAGGCGUCGGAGCAGGAGAAACUGCGGCUGCUGCGAGAAAACGCUGAGAACCAGGAGGCCAAACUGCGGAGAGUCCGAGCUCUGAAGGGUCAGGUGGAACAGAAACGCCUCAGCAACAGCAAACUGGUGGAGGAGAUAGAGCAGAUGAACGGGUUGUUCCAGCAGAAGCAGAGAGAGCUGGUGAUGGCUGUGUCCAGGGUGGAGGAGCUGAGCCGGCAGCUGGAGAUGCUGCACCAGGGAAAGCUGGAUGACAGUGGACACAACUCAGCUGGAGAACUGGAGCGUCUCUACAAAGAGCUGCAGCUGAGGAAUAAGCUGAACCAGGAGCAGAGCUCGAAGCUGCAGCAGCAGAGGGACAGUCUGAGUAAGCGUACGCAGGAGGUGGCUGCUAUGGACCGCAGGGUGGCUGAGCUGCGCGAGCGGCUGUGGAAGAAGAAGGCGGCUCUACAGCAGAAAGAGAACCUGCCUCAGCCGACUGAAGGCCACACCUCUCAGCCUCUGCUCAGUCAGUCCAGAGUCGCCGCCGUUGGGCCGUAUAUCCAGUCCCCUCCCCCUCCUCUUCCUCCCAGACAGGAAGUUCUAAUAAAACCAGCGUACCCAGAUGGCACUGCCACACUGCCCAAACCACUGGCCAAAACCGCAGGUCUUGGUCUCCAAACAAGCAAAAUCUUAAAGCUCUCUGAUUGGAGCUCCAGCGCUGAGGUCACUGGUGUGGGCGUAUCCCAGCGUGGCCACGCCUCCACACUACCAAGAAUGAGCAGCCAUGGGUCAAUGGAGAAAGAUCCUGAGAUUGACCUGAAACCACCUCCACUUCCCUUACGAAAGAACCAGAGCAGCGAGGACCUCUUGAGGGAUGGGCAGUCUGUAGGGAAGGUUCCUCCUCCCGUCCCCAGCAAACCCAAACCGUCCCCGGGCCCCCAGUCCGGCUUCAGUAAACCCGGCUUCAGCACCGGAACGUUCCCCGGCAAAGCCAGAGGAGCCCCCCAGCUCACCCCACCGUCCACCCACAGCCAGAGACCUCCACCCCUGCCCCCUCCACACCACGGCCUGCCGCUGCCCCUGCCACCCAAACCGGACACCCUGCCGGCCGCCACCGUGCGCCCCUUCAGCGUGGAGGGCCCGGCGGGGAAAGGCUCGGCCACGCCCCCCACCCUCCACAAACCCCAGACCCUGGCAGCCAGCUCCAUCUACUCCAUGUACACCCAGCACGGCUCACUGGCCAAAGGCUACCAGGGCCAGAGCACCCUGACCCGCUCCCAGCCACGCCUGUAUGGAAAGCCAGUGGUCCCGUCCAGCAGUGGGCAGCACUCCCACUUUCAGGACAGCAGCCACCCUGAGCGCCUCACUGUCUCAGAACCCGACCAGGUGGACCAGGGCGUCACCAUCACCCCCUCAAACAUCCCCGGAGACGGUCCAGAACCAGAGCGCGUCCCACGUCCCCUCAGCCCAACCAAACUCCUGCCGUUCCUGUCUCACGCUCACCGACUGCAGAGCGACGCCGACCUGGAGUCCCUAAAGAAGAGACUCCACCACGCGCCUCGAGUCCUGAGGAAGCGCAGCUCCAUCACUGAACCUGAGGGACCUGCAGGACCCAACAUCCAGAAACUGCUCUACCAGAAGACCACGCUGGCAGCGAUGGAGACGCCCGAGAGGGAGGAGUCAGGGGGGACGACCAGGCAGGAGGACGAGGGCGUGAAGCUGCAGAAGGAGGAUGACUCUGUCCCGCCUCUGCUGCCCCCGCGAUCCCCCGUCUCCGACGAGAACGAACAGGCAAAGCUCCGCCCCCCGCUGGAGGAGGAGGAGCAGGAGGUGAGCAGAUCCAGCCCCCCGGAGACGUACACGGACGAGUACCCGCCGUACCCCCCGCCGCCCUACCCAAUCACCCAAACCCAAGCGGACCAGGACAGCCUGGGGGAGGACAGCGGGAACAUGAGGGCUCCAGAGGUCACCGGACAGGUCACGCUCCCCCCGGGGAAGAGGACGAAUCUGAGGAAGGUGGGCUCAGAGAGGAUAAAUCAUGGGAUGCGGGUUCGUUUUAACCCACUGGCGCUGCUGCUGGACUCGUCUCUGGAGGGAGAGUAUGAUCUGGUGCAGAGGAUCAUUUACGAGGUGGAGGACCCGAGUCUGCCCAACGACGAGGGCAUCACCGCUCUCCAUAACGCAGUGUGUGCAGGACACACUGAGAUCGUCAAGUUCCUGGUGCAGUUUGGAGUGAAUGUUAAUUCUGCAGACAGCGACGGCUGGACGCCGCUGCACUGCGCCGCCUCCUGUAAUAACGUGCAGAUGUGUAAAUUCCUGGUGGAAUCCGGCGCUGCCGUGUUCGCCACCACCUACAGCGACAUGCAGACGGCAGCAGAUAAGUGUGAGGAGCUGGAGGAGGGAUACGCUCAGUGCUCUCAGUUCCUCUACGGCGUUCAGGAGAAGAUGGGUGUGAUGAACAGGGGCGUGGUUUACGCUCUGUGGGAUUAUGAAGCUGAGGGGGGUGAUGAACUCUCCUUCACUGAGGGAGACUGCAUGACCGUCCUGAAGAGAGACGACGGGCAGGAGAGCGAGUGGUGGUGGGCUCGCUGUGGAGACAACGAGGGGUACAUCCCCCGCAACCUGCUCGGACUGUAUCUGCGGAUCAAACCCCGGCAGAGGAGUCUGGCCUGAAGCUUCCUAGUGAACUUCAUCGUGAACUUCACUGUGAGUUUCAGUUACAGCAGCAGCUGUAAAGUGCUGAUGAUCAGUCCGCUGUGCACCGGUCAGCUUUACUCUGCUUUAAUGUUAAACGUGGAUUUAUUGAAUCUUAUUCAGAAGCACAAUGAAGAAGGAAUGUACCGAACCCUCAGAGCUUUCUUCACUUUUGUAGAAAAAGAGGAUUUUUAAUGUAGAGAUAAAUAAAUAUCCAGUACAGGUUUGUUACUGCUGAUCAGGAACUUUUCUAGAUUAAAGAUAAAGGAAUGUUCAGCUCCAGAAGCGUACAACUCCUCUCUCGGCUCCAGAAACAAAGACUUAUUUAUGCAUCUCUAGAAGAUAAUGUGUACAGAUGUACAGAAAUGAUGACUCCGGUGCUCUUCAUCCACUGUGAGGGUCUAUCAGGUUCCCUGCUGGUUCCUUUCUGGACCUGGAUUAUCCACCGCUGGUGAAGAACAUCCUCACUUAUUUAAAUGAAUGUAGCUCUGGAUCACAAAACUGCCGUCUGAAGCUCUGAAGCUCCAAAAUGCAACGAUUGGUUUGUUAAAAGUUCAGCAGAAAGUCAGAUUUACAGUUUUCCUCUUUACCCAGUUAGCCAAAUCUUAUAUAUUUAUAUAAAUCGAGAAAAAAAAUCAGCUUUAUGCACACUAAUUUUUACUGGAAGAAAUCUCAAUUUGUAUACUUUAGAAUAAAAUAUUAACAAUUAAAUAAAGAUUCAUUUUUUUACAUUUUUCCUGAAAUAAAAAAUAUGGGGAAAAUGAGUAAAAUGAGUAAAAACAUUUUUUCUUUACGAUAUCAAAUCCAAAAAAACUUGUUUAUACCCAAUUGUUUUAUAUAAUUGAAUUGAUAAAUGUUAAACUGAGUGCUGACCUAUGUAGCAUCACAAAAUAUCUAUCUAUCUAAAAAAUAAUGACUUUUCAAACUUACCUCUGAAUUUCCUCAUUUUUCUUUACAUAUUGUACCACAGAUAACACACCACUUGUUUACUGGUAUUAUGGCAUUUUUAAUACUAGGUAUAACACUAAGGGGAAAUCUUGCCAUCAGCUGCCGAAGCCCCGAGAGAGCACAGUUGGUCUUGCUCUCUCUGGGUGGGUACAGUACAGAAGAUGGCACUUUUUCCCCUCAUCACUCCUAGGGUGAUGUGGAUCAGCACAAGGCUGCGUCUGUGAGCUGAUGUAUCAGAACCGAGUCGCUGCGCUUUCCUCCGAGCAUUAGCGCUGUGACGCUACUUUAAAUGAUAAUAGAAACAGAUGAGAAUGGAAAACGGGCGAGUCAUUCUUUCUACCAGCUUUUUUUUUUAACUUGGCUCACUGGGUUGAGAAAACUGUAAAUUUAAAUUUCCACUGAUUUUUCUGGAUCAGAAUCAGGAUUUCUCCGAUACUCACUGCCAACAGCUCUGAACGUGCUGAUCCAGGUUCAGUUUCCUCUCGGAGUUUAAAGCUAGUUAGAAUUUGUUGUUUAUUAAUGAUAAACAUUGAAAGAUCAGUUUUGCCUCUAUGGUGCUUAAAGAGACACAGCUGCAGCGCUGCGUGAUCACAGCCUGAUUCACAUUAAUAAAGCUUUUUAUUAAAAUCA